AUCGCCUACUGAAUGUACCACCUGUGAAGGAGAAAUAAAACACGUGAUUUUGACUGGAGCUGAUCAACCCAGGCUAUCAAGAGAGGGAAAAUGUAUUAUAUUAGCUCCAUAUUUACCUACGCCUUGCCAAUGGCAU